GGUUAAAAAAAAAAAAAAAACACUAAUUGCAAAUCGGACCAAACCACACGCCAGGGCAGGGAGAAGGGUUGGAAAGCAUAUACUUGGCAGAGAGAUAAUAAAUGGAAGAUGCCGAGGAUGUGGAGAAAUACAGAAAGCAGGUAGUGCCACGUGUGUCACUACCUGGCCAACACCCAUCGCAUCUUCGCCUUCCAUCCCAUCAUCUCCUUCCCUCCCUCCUCCCUCUCGCAGUUUUUCCCCCUUAAGCUUUUGCCUAGGGCGCUCUUCUUCUUGCUUUUCCCUUUCUAAUUCCUUUUCAUUCUCAUCAACCUAAGAAAAUUUUCCUUUCUUUUCGUUUCGUUUUCUACAGAUUUUGACAGAGAGAGAACAGAGAGUUAUGCUUUUUUUGGGGUUUGCUAUGAUCAGGUCUAUUUUAGCUGUUGCAUCGAGCCUGGAUUCUGCGGUUCAAGGGGAGGUUUUGUAAUUGGAAAUUUUAUUGAUUGAGCUGGUUUGUUUUUAUUUUUAUAUUAAAUUUAGGGUUUUUUUUUGGGUGGGCUGGUUUUGGAAUUGGCAGCCACUAUUGGUAGCGGAAGAUUUGAUAAUUAGGUUCUUCUAAUUAGCUGCCAAAUGGAAAAUCUAUUCAUUUGUUUUUUAGGAAUAAGUGAGAAGUCUGGUUAUGCAUUUGAGUUUGGAAAUUUUGUUAGCUGUAUGUUAUGAGAGUGAUACCUCCAUGUGUAAUAAAAGCCUCGAGUGCUUGAACAAUACUCGUAACUCUGUUGAUAACCAGCAAAACCCUCACCAAGCUCUUCACUUGAUGGAUAUCCCAACAUCUGCCCCUUCCACUGGCUCCAACCUAGGUUCAUAUGAUGAAACCCCCCGUGUUAAGUUCUUGUGUAGCUUCUUAGGUAGCAUUAUGCCUCGACCUCAGGAUGGGAAAUUGCGUUAUGUGGGUGGAGAGACGAGAAUUGUGAGUUUGCCAAGGGAUAUUUGUUAUGAGGAAUUGAUGAGUAAAAUGAAGGAGUUGUAUGAAGGGGUGGCUAUUUUGAAAUAUCAACAGCCUGAUGAGGAUCUUGAUGCCUUGGUGUCGGUUGUGAAUGAUGAUGAUGUGACUAACAUGAUGGAGGAGUAUGAGAAGUUGGGUUCUGGGGAUGGAUUCACUAGGCUUAGGAUUUUUCUGUUUUCACAUCCGGACCAAGACGGUUCAUCACAUUAUGUUGAUGGGGAUGAGAGGGAGUCUGAGAGAAGGUAUGUCGAUGCACUGAAUAAUUUGAAUGAUGGGGCUGAUUUUAGACAGCAGCAACCUGAGUCUCCUUUGAUUAGUCCAGUUGAAGAUAUACAUGUACAGGAUCAGCUUUUUAGUGCAAUGAAUCUUGACAGUGGCCUUCUUAGCCAGAGGAAUGGUGAGAUGCCAAUUCUACAGUACAACUUGCAUCACAUUGCAGUUCCUCAGCGGUUCAGUGAAAUGGAAGGUUCAUGGAGUCCUGCAUUUUAUUCUCCUAGGCAUCAUGGGCACCAUGAUCCAAGAUCAGUACCAGACUUUCCAAAUUCACCCCCUUCUCGGUAUCGUAUGCAGUUUGGGGAAUUGCCUGACAGAGGCAUGGAUAGAAUAUCUGAAGAAUAUGCUCGGUCUCAACUAAAUCAUCAUGCUGCUUUUGACAACCAGCCACCGUAUUCUGAGAAUGUAGUAUGGAUGCCUUCUGGAGCUAUAUCCAGUGACAAGGCUGGUUUUCCUGGUAACUUGCUGCAUGGUCCCAGUGUUAUUGAUGGGAACAAUGCUUGUGAGCACCAUCGGGUGGCUUUCCAAAGAAGUCAACUUCAUUUGGAGCAACCCAACAUAGGAAAUGCACUUCACCAGGUUGCUAAUCCUUGUGCUGAGUGCCAUCCCAAUAGGGAACAUUUCAUGUUAAAUGCUGAUCCAAAGGUUCACCAUGCGUUGUAUCUCAAAGAUCAAAAUGAUCCUCGAUCCAUCUACAGUGAAGCUUAUGGCCAUGAAAGAGGAUGGAAUCUGCAGCAUCAGUCAGGUCCUUGUGCUGAUGAAGCAAGAACACAGAUCUCUGGAGCUGGAAGAUUAAACGAGCACUACGUUAUAGAUGGUCCUGGCAUGAAUUAUCCUAUUGGGCAUGCCAAUUUGGUGGAUGGCCAUCAUACGUCCUCUAAUUAUAUACACCAUCGACCUGGGCAUGAAUUGAGUAAUGAAGUGUUUCACGACCAAGCUGUGGCUGCUUCACACCACCUACAAGUUCCACUGCCUGAAGAACGUGCAGUUCGGUAUGGGAAUUUUCCUUAUGCUUUUGGAGCAGAGAAUCUUUACCCAAUGUCACAUGGACAUUUAAAUCCUCAGAAUAUAUGGAGAAAUCUUCAAAACCCUGUGCAUGGCCCUCCUUAUGAAACAUCUGGCACAACCUCACAGGUGAAUGGUACAGUUAAUCCAGCACUUCUCAGGGGCACAAUGGAGGGUGGUCAAAGGAUUGCUUCUAGUAUGGAUAAUCAGCACUCUAGGGCAGAGUCCUCACCAAAUAUUUUGGGGUUUGAUGGGACAACUAACCCAGACUACUCUUAUGGCCAUCCUUUGAAAUUGGCUACAAAUCACUAUAGCCCAGAUAAUAAGCAGUUGCUUACUGCUGAAACUACCCGACCAACCCUCCCACGUGUAAUGCAGAACUCAUCUCCAAUUUCAGGUGCUUCUGGUUACAGUCCAGAGUUAAAUAGCAGAACUAUUGCUGAAGCAGUAAAAAUGGAUGAGAAAACUGUCAUUAGCAUGGACAAAGAAGCAAAUUAUGUAGAAAAGGUUGAAAACUUAGAUGUGCCAAACAUUCUGCAUCCAGAGCAAAACAUGGUUGCUCAUAGCAAUAGUGAGGCUGCAGUAGUUGAGGCUGCCCAUUUAAAUAUUUUGAGGAAUACUGAAGGAAGUGGUGACAUUGUGAAAGUGGGUGAAAAAGAUCCUUCUGCUGUUAUGGGAGAUACAAAGCUAUCAAUUGACCGAUUAAGUUUCUUGCCUGAGCUUAUUGCCAAUGUGAAAAAAGCAGCACUGGAAGAGGCUGAGGAGGUGAAAGCUAUAGUCAAAGAAAAUCCUGAUUCUGUAAAGCUUAGUCCUGUAUCAAAAGAAGCAACUCUAAAUGAAUCUGAAGCAGUGAAUGCUCAAGAAGAAACAGAAUUGGAUUCUGAUAAUGAAAAUAUAAAUUCUAACAAAAUUGAGCCAACAAAGGCUGAGGCAGAAGCUAUUGAAAGGGGAUUACAGACAAUAAAAAAUGAUGACCUGGAGGAGAUCCGCGAAUUAGGUUCUGGAACAUAUGGAGCUGUUUACCACGGAAAAUGGAAGGGUUCUGAUGUUGCUAUAAAGAGAAUAAAAGCCAGCUGCUUUGCUGGGAAGCCUUCUGAAAGAGAGCGUUUGAUUACAGAUUUCUGGAAGGAGGCUUUAAUAUUGAGUUCAUUACACCAUCCAAAUGUUGUUUCUUUCUAUGGCAUAGUUCGUGAUGGCCCUAAUGGAUCUUUAGCAACUGUGACAGAGUUUAUGGUUAAUGGAUCUCUGAAACAGUUUUUGCAGAAGAAAGACAGAACCAUAGAUCGUCGCAAGAGACUCAUCAUAGCUAUGGAUGCUGCAUUUGGGAUGGAGUAUUUGCAUGGGAAGAACAUUGUUCAUUUUGAUUUGAAGUGCGAAAACUUGUUAGUAAAUAUGAGAGAUCCACAACGGCCUGUUUGCAAGAUUGGUGAUUUGGGCUUAUCAAAGGUGAAACAACACACCUUGGUGUCAGGUGGUGUACGUGGAACUUUACCCUGGAUGGCACCUGAGCUUUUGAGUGGAAAAAGCCACAUGGUGACAGAGAAGAUUGAUGUAUACUCAUUUGGGAUUGUUAUGUGGGAAUUACUCACGGGGGAAGAACCUUAUGCUGGUAUGCAUUGCGCCUCCAUAAUUGGAGGGAUUGUGAACAACUCUCUACGUCCACAAAUCCCAACAUGGUGUGAUCCGGAAUGGAAGUCAUUAAUGGAAAGUUGCUGGGCCUCUGAUCCGGCAGAGAGGCCAUCGUUUUCAGAAGUUUCAAGGAAACUGAGGAACAUGGCUGCUGCAAUUAAUGUGAAAUAAUUCCAUUCCUGGAGCAGUUGAUUUCACUUUGACUAUCUUACUGGCUGAAAAGGUUAAAAAAAUAAGAAAAAUAAAGAGGAAAACCUUGAUUUCUAUGUUUAAUGACACCUACAGGUUUUAAAGCAUAUUCAAGCUAAUAGUAUUGUUGUGCCUUUGAUUCAUCUUCUGUGAAGCUUUUAGCUAUGGGAUGGGGUUGUUCCUUCCAGAGUGCAAUCCCAUGCAUUCUACACUGGAAACCUUGAAGCUACACGAUACAUGAAGGGCUGUGGAUGUACAAUUAGAACGUCCUUUGUUUCUUUGAGCAUGAUCAAAAUAGCAGUACUAUGGGUAAUUUCUACUAUCAUUAGAUGUGGGACCAAGUUCUUUCAGGAAGAAUGUGUGUAACCAUCUAGGAUUUUCUAAGCUUCACUUGGGAAGGAUGAUGAAACUUGGAACAAAACUCGUCUUGAACUUCCGUUUUUUUUGUUUCUUUAAAAGGCCUUGAUUCCUUUCUUUUGAA